AUGUGGAUUCUACCGCUGGUAGGAUACCUCGGGGUCAUCGUCGGGUUUUCCUUCCUUACCCUAGCCAUCGCAUCAGGACUCUACUACCUCUCUGAGCUCGUUGAAGAGCACACGGUCCUCGCACGUCGACUUUUGAAUCGCCUGAUAUACGGAAUUAUUGUGAUACAGGUCCUCCUCGUGAUCUUCGACCGAUUCCCGUUCUUUCUCUCCCUCCUCGGCAUCCUCUCGCACCUGGUCUACGCCAGCAAUUUACGUCGCUUCCCAAUCGUGAAAUUAUCAGAUCCAUUGUUUAUACUAUCUUGUAUAUUGGUCCUCAUCAACCAUUGGCUAUGGUUCCGUCAUUUUUCGAAGCCGCCGGCACCAUCACGGCAGGCAGACAACAACUGGCGCCAGCCUUACCAAGUAGACUAUGACGAGAUGCCUUCAUUCUCCGAAGUCGCGUCAUACUUCGGACUGUGUGUCUGGCUGGUGCCAUUUGCUCUAUUUGUCAGUCUCAGUGCUGGUGAAAACGUUCUUCCCAGCAUGGGCUCCGAAUAUGCUACCGGGGAGCGUGCUUCAGCCGGACUUGGCCACAGCCGAGGCCCCUCCGACGGCAAAUCCAAAAACAAAGGAAUGGCCAAAGCGCUGGUUGAUAAUGUGCGGGACUGGGCACAGGAGAAUGGCGAGAUAAUCGGUUUCUGGAGAGGUGACCAGGCCAAACGGUUUUAA